GGAGCCCCAACCAGUGGAGGCACGUUGGUUGAGACGCGGCGGCCGAUCUGACGCGACCAGGUUUUGUUGUUGAUGAUCACCAGCGGCCGCGCCAGUGACAGGAGCCGCUGUACAUCGCCACUCAUUGCCGCCGUUACCGCUUUUCUGCUCCUCUUGACGGUGGCAAGCCAUUAUGGCGCAUCCGCUCUCACUGAAAGGGCGACAUUUUUGCCUCAGCCGGACGGCCACCUCCUCUUUCAGACGCAGGACGUCGACCGCAUCGCCAUUCGAUGGGAGGACUGCGGCGUCGACAGCAUGGCGGUGUCUCGAGCGGUGCGCGAUGCGGCGUGGGCGACGGAGGAUCCUUUGGACGACGAGGUCCCGCCGCAGCGGUACGCGGGACGCGUGGUGGACGUCGCAGUGCUGCACACUGCGACGGGAGCGGCGGUCGACCCUCCGCUGACCCUGCCGCUCGGCUACAACAUGAGCGUCGUGCUCACGAUCGACCUGCCCGCCGGCGCGCCCAACGCGACCUACUUUGAGGAGCAGACCAUCGGCUUCCCCUUCUCUGCGACCGGCUCGAGCUGCGAGCCCGGCGUGGCCACGCUUCCGAUGGGCGCGGGAGGGACUUGGGGCGCCGGCUUCCACUGCCCUCUGCCGCCGGGUCGGCAUCAGUCAGUGGUGACGGUGGUGACGCCGCGCGAGCUGCCGAUCCCAUGGUACAUCGACAUCUCGGCACUCGAGGCUGGCCUCUCCAUCUCGACAGAGAGAUGGGUAGACACAGCAGUGGUGAGAGCCGCGGCUGGGACACCGGCGCGGUAUGGGUGGACGCAAAAGCGGAGGGGACGGUCACACAGGAGCACAAGUUGUUCCACGGACCUCGACGGCAAGGCGCGCGCGGCACCCUCUUCACGCGGCCCGCCUGCGGACAGGUGGGCUUCUCCACGUCUACCUUCGGGCCUUCCGGUGCGCCCCUCUACUGCCUUCGCCAGAUGUUUUCGUACGUCCGCCGGCCACCCUCACCCAACCCGCCGCCGCCGCCGCCGCCUCCUCCUCCUCCGCCGCCGCCGCCUCUGCCGCCGCCUCUGCCGCCUCCGCCGCCUCCGCCGCCGCCUCCUCCACCGCCGCCGCCGCCGCUUCCGCAUGAUUCAUAUGGCGACUCGUAUUCGGACAAGUGACUCCCUUCAUACGUAGAGAAACAGCGCACAAGUAGGUUCAGUCGGUCUUGGCAAGACCAGGGUGAUACAUGCAUCUCGAGGAGGGCGGAGUGUCGUGUGCCCCCCCCCCCCCCCGGUCUUUGCGCCUUGCCUUUCUUACUGUACUC